ACCCAAAGAUGACCAACACCAAAAACAGAACCCUGUUUUUUAGGACCUAAAUGGAAAACUAAAUUGAAUAGAAUUUGGUAAUUUGAUAUUUGAAAAAAAUACCAAAAAAAGAAAGAAAAAAAUAAUGAGUUGUCUUUACCAAAUACAAACCUCCGUUCAAUCUCAACGCAAAACCAACCACUCAACUUCAUAGAAACAAGCAAACCUCCCAUGCAAGCCCUAAAAAUUACUCCUCUUUUCCCUUUUAUUUUUUUCGACCUUUGUCACCCUCCCAUUUCUUUCGCACCCCAUCUCUCCCAUGGAGGAUGAGCGGGUCGUCGCGUCUUCCGCCGGGGACCCUCGGUUGCUGUCGUCGACACCCCAUGCCCCCACCACCCCCUACAACAAUCGCCUCAUGAAUUUACCUCCCCCUCCAGGCCAUCCUUUAGCUACCUACGUUGUUCAAGUCCCUAAGGACCAAAUUUACCGAGUACCGCCACCUGAAAACGCUGGUAUAGUCGAACGUCACCGUGAAGCUGCUAAGAAUAAAGGCAAAAAAUCCAAACGGAAAUACUCUAGGUACUUGAUUUGCAUCGCCAUUGUGUUGCUUGUCAUUGGUGUUCUCGUCAGCGGUGCUAUAGCGGCUGUUUACUUCAUUUUCACCCCUAAAGCUCCUAAUUUCACCGUUUCUAAACUCCAUGUUAAACAACAAAAACAAGGCAGUCCACCUACGUAUGAUGUCACGUUGAAAGCUAAGAACCCUAAUGAAAAAAUGGGUAUCCAUUGUAAAUCUGAUGAAGACAGUGCCACCCUAACUUUUUGGACUAAAAACCUAGGCUUCGGCGAUUUUCCCGGUCUCGAACAAAAACCUGGGGACGAUUCGAGCAUUUUCGCCAUCAAAAUCCAUGCCUUGAAAACCAAAGUUGUUCCCCCUAAUGUCCAGAAAAGCAUCAGCGACAAGAAAACAAAACGUCAAAUCUCUUUGAAACUCAAAUUCGAAUCACCAUUGGUGUUUAACGUUUGGUUCUUAAAGCUUUGGAAAAAAGACAUGACAGUCAACUGUGCGUUUAGGGUGAGCACGAUGGCGCAAGGAACCAAAAUUCUGUCCCAAAAUUGUAAGACCAAAUUGUCUUAAAAACAAAAAACAUCGAUACCAAAAAGGUACGGCCAAUGACCAGAUCGCUCCAUGCAAAAAAAAAAACCCUCUUUUUUUCCCUUUAUAUACUAUAUAUUUUAAAUGUCAUAAAAGGAUUUGUACUUUCAAACUUUUUUUUUGGGGCAAGAAAAAAAAAGGUUGUGACAACAAAUUCGGCUAUGCAUUAUUUUAUAUUUUGUUUAUAAAGGAGGUCGCAACCCGAGAUAUGACAACGGAGUAGAUUUGGAUAUUCGAAUCCCAAAUUGAUCGGAUAUUAUUUUUUAAAGGAUAAUUAUAUGAUCUUACUCGAAUUCAUACCUCGUUGAUUCUUCCUUUUUCUUCUUUAAUCUUUAAGCAUGUAAUGGUUUUUAUUUUUCUUUUUUUUUUUCCUUGUAAUUAGUACAUUGGUAUUGAUUAUAUUUGGGAUAUUUGAGGUGUUUGAUAC